CAAGACAGGAAAAACACAAAUGUGAAGAAAAAGAACAGUCCAACAAGAUGACUCUUUUAAAUUUAAACAUUGAAACUCAAACAGUAAUAAAGAACAAAAUGCAAAACAUUCAGCAUCCUCCUCACAUCAUCAUAAAUCUACCUCAGUAAACUUAAAGAUGGAGAAAAUUCUACUUUAGGUGUUUUAUUAAACAUGUUCUUGUGGCGUUUUUCUCAUGGAGAAACCUAACUGAAAUUACAUUUCUGAGUAUUUCUUUAUUCAAAUUGUUUUGAGUCAGGAGCAGGCCCUAAAAUGUUGUUGGAAAAAGCUUUUGAGUGUGAUGUAGAAGCUAGUAGAUUCAUGUACGUCUUUGUUUUCAUCAUUUGAGCUGACUUCUGGUUAUAAAACUAUAAGGCUGGAUAGCCCCAGUAGUGCUUGCUGUUUUAUUUUUGCGCUGGUGAUGUUAGGUUGGGGUUGUGAGAGGCUGUAAGCUAGCAGGAGACUGUGAAAACAGAUAGAUGAUGGGAAAGGGGGCGGGCUUACUCCGUGCCAGCAGUGAAUUCCUGCUACUUUGCUGAAAUUUUCAUAGAAAACCACAGUUUUCUUUUUUUUUGGCUAAAAACAUGUUAAAAGACCACCGGGAACACUAUUAUAUUGGAUGAAAAGAUGAUCAGAGGGGGACUUUAAAAAGUUUGGAGCAGAAACUUCUAAGGGGGAUAAAAUUUUACCAAAUUUAACCUGUCACCACCCUCCUCUGGUUGCUGCUGUGAGUGAAGUGGAUGGAUGGAAAAAGAGAGAUAAUGGAAAUAAAUGAAUUAUGAACCAUUUUAGCUGUAUAAAAAAGCAGCCUUUAUUUUUACAUAUUUUUCUAUUGUCCUUCUCUGCCUCAAUAACAAUAAAACUUGAAGCCACAUUUAAAUCCAGACUUUGUGAACAAAGAAAAAGUAUUUUACUUUUAAACUUUGUUUGAUGAGAGGCUGCAAAUAUAUUUCUUUUAAUAUUAUUUUGUUGGGAAAGAUCAUCCAGACAGCAGCCUUCCUCUUUAAUUUCCACAGAGACAGUGUCUGAAACUCACAUAUCUUCACAGCAGUAUAUAGCAUUAUCUGGCACUUCUAAUAACAUUUGUCACAAAGCAAACACCUCUUCACCUCCUCCCCUCCGCUCUAUAAAACAUUUGGCUGUUUGUCUUUUUUUUUCAAAGCAGCUAAAGCACUUUACACAUCUCCUGGAAAUCGCUGGAUCAUUUUUCUUCAGGUUUGAGCUUUUAGAGUGCUUCAGCAUUUCAUGAUUACAGCGACACGGUGUUCAUCUUCUGCUUUAAAGACAGGACUGCUCCUCCUUUAGUCACCCCUCUCUCUGGCUGUCUCCUUCUGUUUCUCCAAACUGCUGUGCAGCUCACUGAGGGUCGGUGGAGGAGGGCAGGAGGAGGACCGCUCACACGUUUCUUCCAGGCUAAAACGGAGAUACCAAUACAAUGCAGGCAGAUGGGAAGGCGGUGGAUGGCGAUUUGCUGCCGGAUGCCAACGGCAAAGAUUUGAGUGAACAGACAGACGGCUCAAAGUGGCAGAGACCCAGACUGUCACGCAAAUCGCUCAUGAAAUGCUGUCUGGUCAAGUGGAUAAUCGCCAGCACCGCGCAGCAAGGCCCAGACGACACUAGUGACAGUGACCUCGAGCUCUCCAUGGUGCGUCACCAGCCUGAAGGCCUUGAGCAGCUGCAAGCCCAGACCCAGUUCACCAAGAAGGAGCUUCAGUCUCUGUACAGAGGCUUCAAAAAUGAAUGUCCCAGUGGUCUUGUGGAUGAGGAAACUUUUAAAUCCAUCUACUCCCAGUUCUUUCCUCAAGGAGACGCUACCACAUACGCACAUUUCUUGUUCAAUGCCUUUGACAUAGAUCGGAACGGUUCAAUCCGGUUUGAGGACUUUGUGAUCGGAUUGUCUGUUUUGCUUCGAGGUUCUGUCACAGAGAAACUUCGUUGGGCUUUUAAUCUCUAUGACAUUAACAAGGACGGGCUUGUUACUAAGGAGGAAAUGUUGGCAAUAAUGACUUCCAUUUAUGACAUGAUGGGCAGGUACACCUUACCCAGCGUGAAAGAAGAUUCUCCCUUUGAGCACGUGGAGAAAUUCUUCCAGAAAAUGGAUCGAAACAGAGACGGAGUGGUGACAAUAGAUGAAUUUAUAGAAACUUGCCAAAAGGAUGAAGAUAUAAUGGCCUCCAUGCAGCUCUUUGAGAAUGCCAUUUAAUUUAUUUAGGGGAAGCUGAUCUAGUACAUCUGCACAAUACUUCCAGUCUUCUGCUGAGACUGAAUGAUUACAUGAAUCAUCACAGGAGGAGGUAGACAAAGUUGGAUCAGAAGACUUAAGAAAAAGAGUGCAUGAGAAUUUUUUAUAUAUGUUUGUUAGUUUCUGCACAGGAAGGAGAUUUGAUGCAUUGUAAUUGCCAGAUAAAUGUUUUUCUUUGACAUUAAAAAAGCAUGUUACGCAAACUUUUGGUCGGCUAAAGUUUAAUUUUUUGUGUGUGUGUAUUUUGUAUUGAUUUCAAAGUGAAUUGUUUUAUUAAAAAAUGAAAAAAAGAAACGUGUUUGACCAACUCAAGCUAUUAUUAUUUUCCUUUUUGCUCCAACAUGUGAUCAGUGAAGCAAUCUUAAAAAACACAAAAUUUCUCAACAUCAAGUAAACCGAACAAAUUUAAAGCAUCUUGGUGCGUGCAUAUAGUGAUGUAUGUGUUCUGCAGUGCCAAGCCACUUAGAUAUGCUCAACAAAGCUUCACUUGUCCAAAAAAUCACCCUCAAAAGGCUCCUCUGAACCCCUGACAACAAGCAGCGCUAGUGACUGCUCCUCUGAACCGUUUUGUUAUUUACUUUUUAACAGUGAUGUCCGCUGCUUCAAAUUAUAUUGAAUUCAUUACAUCGUGAUCUUGGUAUUUAUUACAAGACAGUCAGUUUCUGUCUGUAGUUUUUUUUUAUCCUCUCAACUCUUAGCAGAGUUUUUGAUCUGAAUAGACAGACAUAUGCCCAUUUUGUUCAUUUUUUGGUUUAUUAAUUCCUUUUGUGGACAAAAACUGUGUUUUACUUAAAUCAAGACUGUAUUUAGCUUAUAGUUGUUGGCAUCAAAAUGACCUUUUUUUUAGUUUGAUCUAGAACUUUAAGGAGCUUCAAAGACAGAUUUAAAUUAAUAAUAUUUUUUGACCAACCAGUAAGUUAAUGUUGUAAUAAAAACAGGGAGUUAAUGAAAAAAUGAGGAGAUAAUCCGUAUCUAAGCUACUGGAUGAUGGUAAAGAAUUCACACUGCAAACAUUAACAUCAGCAAAAAAAGACAGCACCUGUUUUUUUUCUUUUUGUUUUUUUUAUAUUAUUGAUCUGGAGCCAAUCACAGAACAGAAAGUGUUUGGAGGAGGAGCUAAACUGCAGCCUGGAUGAUUGUUUGGAAAUGACCAUGAAAACCAACAUGAUGAUCUGUGGCUUGAAAAAGGACCACAGCUCCUCUCCAUCCCUGAAUGAUCACUCAGAAAACUCCAAAAAUGGUUUCCCAGCAGAAGCUUCUCUCGUUUGGGGUUUUGGUGCUGCUCCUGGCAGCUUUGUGCCCACAGUAUGCAUACGGUAAGCGAGGAGGCCUCUUCCGAGGAAAAGGAAAAGGAAAAGAUGACGACGAAAAGGCGUCCUCCACUCAGGGUCGAGGCCUGUCCAAACAGGGCCUGAAGUGGGCGGGAGCAGCAGCAGCAGGCAUGCUGGGAGGCACAGGAACCGGGUACGGACUGGGUUUGUUUGGCAAGCCAAAGCAUGGAGGCGGCAACUAUAACAAGCAGAAAACUGCCUCCUCUGAUCAAGAUCAACGACCUCAUCACCAGGAAACCCAGAAACGCAACAACCAAACAUUCUGGAAAGCCUUUGUGAGAGGAGCUGCCCCGGUUCCUGAGGGGAAUCUGUUUGUCACACUGGGACAUAUGCUGCCUUUCCUCACAGCAGCUUGGAUCCGAGGCAUUUAAUGCAGAGUGAAAUAAACCAGAUACAUGAAUAAAAUCAAAGCUUUGA